AAGAAAAUACAAUUUUUUUUUAUGUCACAUAAAAAAACUAAUUUCUGCCGAAAUCAAUGGUCGUUAGGCUAACAUUUUUAAUGGUUUUUGUUUGCAAGUAUAAAAAAGAGGUGUUUAUGCAGCUGCUCGUCCACGCACGUAGAGAGAGAGGGAGGGAGGACGAGUGGUGGUCGAGAUCCGGCGUCGAUUCGUCGGGUUUCGUCCAUUUGCCCAUCGGAAAUUCUCCGGUCUCAGUAGCCGUCACCGUCACCGUCACGAAGCAGUCGGAGAAGAUGAAGGGUUCGGGCGGUGUUGUCGCCUCUGUAAUCGCCUUGUCCACCGUUGCUGUUUCUUCUUCCUCGGCUCCUCCUCCUUCUCCUAAUUCCCCCAAGAUUUCCUUGCCAUGGUGUGUUGUGUGGUCGAGGAGUGUAUACAGUUCUUUCAAUGCUCUUGGGCUUUGUGAAACAGGAAUCGGAGAGGGGGAAGCUUCUGGCAAAUGAUUCGCAGCAUACGGAGAAAUUUGAGCCGAGGUUUGAUGGGUUGAGGUUCAUUGAGACUCUGAUCACAGCCCACAGAUAAUCCCUUCUUUUAUGUUUGACAUUGGAAGCAUCUGAAUCUGUCUUAUACGAUUGAUGUCUAACCCCAGUUUGUCAGUAUCACCGCUGGUGCAAAUGCUUUAAACUAAUGUAGAAGCGUGAGUUGUGUCACGGGAAUAUUUCAGUACACAUGUCCUGUUUUUGUUUUAUUAAAGUUUACUGUAUCUGUAUGUUAGACGUUAACAGGGUGUGUUGUUCUUUUCUUUUGCUGUCGAGGCAUUGUUUAGUCGGUCGAUGGUACCAUUUCUAUGCAGGCAAGAUAUAUGGAAAUGGGCCUCCUUUUGUCGGCACA